AUGGAUGCUGGCAAGAAGGGGCCGCUCCUGAGAACCCACGGCUCAGUCCAACACCCAGCUGUCUGCAGGUGGCUGAGCCCUUUUCUCCUUGCUUGCUGCACCUACUUCCUCCUCUGGAUACCCGAGGACCAACCAUCCUGGGUCAGCGCCCUGGUCAAGUGCCUGCCCGUCCUCUGCCUCGCCGGGUUCCUGGAGGCUGUGCCCUCGGGCAGGGGCUAUGUCCGGCUCCUCCAGGGAGCUCUUGUGUGCUCGGCUGUGGGGGAUGCCUGCCUCAUCUGGCCUGAGGCCUUUCUCCAUGGCAUGGCCGCCUUCGCCACGGCCCACCUCUUCUACCUCUGGGCCUUCGGCCUGGCUCCCCUGAAGCCGGGCCUGCUGCUGCUUGUUCUGCUGGCCUCCACUCCGUACCUGGGUUUCCUGCUGCUGCAGCUACCCCCAGACAUGAUCCCGCCGGUGACGGCCUACGGGCUGGUCCUGACCGCUGUGCUGUGGCGUGGCCUGGCGCGGGGCGGGAGCACCGCCUGGGGCACCGUGCUCUUCGUGCUCUCGGACGGCGUGCUGGCCUGGGAUGCCUUCGCCCAGUCCCUGCCCCACGCCCGUCUGGUGAUCAUGGCCACCUAUUACGCUGCCCAGCUCCUCCUGGCACUAUCAGCCCUCGGGCACCCAGGGCCCAAGACCGACUGA